UUGGCCCCAGCUCGCCGCUCCCGGACCCACGCGCAUCGCACCCCCCACCGCCCGCAGGGCUCCGUUCCGUCGGCGGAGCAGAGCAGGGCGGCGGGCGGGGCCUCCCCGGGGGCGGGCGGAUGGCCGCGGCGCUGCGCCGCCGUUCGGUGUUGCCGCUGGGCGCCCUCCGCACCGCCAUGCAGCGCCCCGCGGGUUCUCUGUCGCGGCCGGGCAGCCCCGAGCAGGCGGACGGAGGGGGCUGGCUGAGCGCGCUGCGCUUCGACAACCUCGCGCUGCGCUCGUUGCCCGUCGACCCUUCCGAGGACAACGCUCCGCGGGCCGUGCCCGGCGCCUGCUUCGCCCGAGUGCGGCCCAGCCCGCUGCGCAACCCGCGGCUCGUGGCCAUGUCGCCGCCCGCGCUGGCGCUGCUGGGGCUGGAGGCCGGCGGCCCGGAGGCCGAGCGGGAGGCCGAGGCCGCCCUGUACUUCAGCGGGAACCGACUGCUGCCCGGCUCGGAGCCCGCGGCUCACUGCUACUGCGGGCACCAGUUCGGCAGCUUCGCGGGGCAGCUGGGCGACGGCGCUGCCAUGUACCUGGGCGAGGUGCUCGGCCCGGCCGGCGCCCGCUGGGAGCUGCAGCUGAAGGGCGCCGGGAUCACCCCCUUCUCCCGGCAAGCUGAUGGUCGGAAGGUCCUGCGGUCGAGCAUACGGGAGUUCCUGUGCAGCGAGGCCAUGUUCCACCUUGGAAUUCCAACAACGAGAGCUGGAACAUGUGUGACAUCUGAUUCAGAAGUUGUUCGUGACAUAUUUUAUGAUGGCAAUCCAAAAAAAGAAAGGUGUACAGUUGUUCUGAGGAUAGCUUCUACAUUUAUAAGAUUUGGUUCUUUUGAAAUUUUCAAGCCUCCUGAUGAAUAUACAGGACGCAAGGGUCCCAGCGUUAACCGGAACGAUAUUCGAAUACAAAUGCUGGAUUAUGUGAUCGGCACUUUCUACCCAGAAAUCCAGGAGGCUCAUGCAGACAACAGCAUUCAGAGGAAUGCAGCUUUCUUCAAGGAGAUAACAAAACGGACGGCACGACUGGUUGCUGAGUGGCAGUGUGUUGGCUUUUGCCAUGGUGUGCUGAAUACGGAUAACAUGAGCAUAGUUGGACUAACUAUUGACUAUGGCCCUUUUGGAUUUAUGGACAGGUAUGACCCUGAGCACAUCUGCAAUGGUUCUGAUAACACAGGGCGCUACGCUUACAACAAACAGCCAGAGAUUUGCAAGUGGAAUCUAGGGAAGCUUGCUGAAGCCUUAGUCCCAGAGCUGCCCUUGGAAAUAAGUGAACUCAUCCUGGAAGAAGAAUAUGAUGCAGAAUUUGAAAAACAUUAUUUGCAGAAGAUGAGGAAGAAACUAGGCCUAAUUCAGUUGGAAUUAGAAGAAGAUAGUAAGCUGGUGUCUGAACUACUUGAAACCAUGCAUCUCACAGGUGGAGACUUCACAAAUAUUUUCUACUUGCUGAGUUCAUUCUCAGUAGAUUCUGAUCCCUCGACACUGGCAGAUUUCUUAGAAAAGCUUACGAGUCAGUGUGCUUCUGUGGAAGAACUGAGAGUUGCUUUCAAACCUCAAAUGGAUCCAAGACAGCUGUCAAUGAUGCUGAUGCUGGCUCAGUCGAAUCCCCAGCUGUUUGCGCUCAUUGGAACAAAAGCUAAUAUAAAUAAAGAAUUAGAACGCAUUGAACAGUUCUCUAAACUGCAGCAGUUAACAGCAGCUGAUUUACUCGGCAGAAAUAAAAGACACUGGACAGAAUGGCUGGAGAAAUACAGAGUCCGUUUACAAAAAGAAGUAGAAAGCGUUAGUGAUGUUGGUGCCUGGAGUACUGAACGUGUGAAGGUUAUGAAUUCCAACAAUCCAAAAUACAUCUUGAGAAAUUAUAUUGCCCAGAAUGCCAUAGAAGCAGCUGAAAAUGGAGAUUUCUCAGAGGUGAGAAAUGUAUUGAAACUCUUGGAAAACCCAUUCCAAGAAACAGAAGAUUCCACGGAGGUAGACACAAAAGAGGAGGAAGCAACUGCUACAGCAGCUGCUUGUGCUCAAGCAACCAGAAGCAGGCUACCAUAUUGCAGUAAACCUCCACUCUGGGCUUCAGAGCUCUGUGUUACAUGAUCUUCAUAACUGCCUUGUUUUAUUUUUUGCUGUAAACUGAAGACGCUGGUCCUCCUUCAGCAGUGAAGAAUUCAGCAAGGCAAACAUCCAAGUGCUAUUAAGUUAUUGAAACAACCCUACAUUUGGAUGUAUCUACAACAGUCUUCAGCUGUGCUUAAUUUAGAGCAGUCACGGAUCCAUGGAAUGAGCUGGUAACACUGAACAGUCUGUACACAUCAUUACUUUGUGUGUUUUGAGACUGAAAGCCUUUCCUUUAUUCAUACCACACUGCAGUAUUUUCUGUUGAGACACGCUGACUUUUGAACAUCCAAAUGGAGUUGUUAUGUGAAGACAAAAGUAUCAAGUCAGGAAUCUGAUCUGUUUUUGUCUGAUGUCUUAACUAAUAGUACUUCUAACAUUUAUUUACUGCUUUUUCUAUGCAGGGACUUCUAGUCCUCUUUAAUGGAGGAAUAGGUUCUGUGAUGCUUGUUUUAAGACAUGAUUCAGUUAAUUAAUUAGUUCAUUUAUUGUGAACCUUUAGGUUGAGAUUUAAUCUUUAUCUUCAUAAAGUGUGCAGGCAAGGGUUUGAGGGGGAAACAAACAAAUGGGUGGGUUUUGUUCUUUUUUUGUGUGUUUUAUUAUAUAUUAUGCAUAAAGAGCAGUAUUAAGGGAGACCGUAUAUUUGCACUUGAAAAUCUUGGUGGUGAAGUCAAUUCAGAUUCACAAUGUUUACAUAUAAUAUACACGUGUGUAAAUAUUUAUGACAGCCAUGGGUGUCAGCCAGUUGUAAGUUGACUCAGGCAAGUUCAGUUGCCUAAAUGAGCACAAACCUUACAAAUAACCCCAGUAGUCGCGUACAGGUUCCUUCUGUUGAUUUGUGUACUCUUAUCACAGUUCUCCGUGAGAGAAGCGUGCAGGUGGGAUGCCUGUUCACAGUGGUCAGUGAGAUGCUUCCAUUCCCGCUGUGGUCUUGUACGUCUCGCUUUGCUUCUGUGGCUUUUGAAAAUGUUUACACUGGAAGUUGUCAUUCAGGAAGAUACUAUUUGAGCCUUGUGUAAAAGAUUCUAGAGGAGGGUGGGAGCUGACUCGCUUGAAAAUGUACUGAUAAUAUUUCAGUUGGUUUCAUUUGAGAUUUCAGGGGAAAAUGGGUUUAUUUUAUUGCCAUAUCAGCAAAAAUGACAAAAGAUCCCUAGUUAAAGGUUUGACUUAGCUUUCUGAACUUAGUUCUGAAGGGCUGGUUCAUGUAUCCUUAGGCAAGUCUGAUGUAGUUCAGAGGUUUCUCUUUUCCAAAAAGGCCACUGUCUUCCACUGUGAGUUUAAGGGCAGUCUACUAAAUAGUUCUUCCACCCCUGUACAGGCCAGGUAUUAGCUCAGGUUAAACUGUGCUCUUCUAAGUCUUCCUCAAAACAUGAGCUGUGGAGAAACAGGGAAAAAGCUGGGCUGCUGCUUGUCCGGUGCUGCUAAUAACCAAUUUGUUCUUGCUGGCGCCGUAAAGAGGUGAUGCUUUGAAUGCAGACAUUCAUUCUGUCUUGCGUUUGACCUAGACGUUACUUAGCAUCAGUUUCUCUGUGACAAACUGGAAUCUGCGAAACACGGAGCCUCCUGUGGCAUCUCCGAGUCCUUACUGAAAAGAGUAAACGUGGAGGAGUUUUCGUCCCAUCUGCGGCAGAAUGCUGCAUUUGGAAGAGGAGGUGCCUCUAAGAAGGCAGCAAUACCACUUGCUGGUGCAGCUGGUUGUCUCCUGGAAGCAAUCCAUUUCUGUAGGAGCUGGGCAGCUGCAGUGACUGUCAUCAGGCAUUAUCCUUCGCUGAACCUGGGGGCUCCCCAAUAAUUGUAACUGUGUGCUCGUUUUGUUUCUCAAUUUGUAUUUUUCCUUUUGGGAGGCAGAGAGGAGCUCUGCCCAAGCUGUUGACUUAACAAAGUGGUCUAAAGUAAUGAUUUUAAACUGUGCCUCAGGGAUGAUGCAUUUUUAAUGGCAUUGUGGCAUUAUUUUAUUUUGAGGUCUCAUUAGAUCGUAAUAGUGGCAUGGAGGAGAAUGGUGGUACAGCGGUGUAUUUGGACACAGGAGAUCUUGAAUUAACUACCAAAUUAUUUUCCAUUUAAAGAUGCACAUUACUUUGCUGCUGUAAUGCCAAACUCACGGAGAAUGAGAGAGGGAGAUACUUUGAAAUAGUUUGCCAGCAAAUUAAUCCUUAAAAAGGGAUGCCAAAUGUAAAAGUGAAGAAUGAAAACGUGGGCUACGUUUCCCACUAAAUGCGUUCUUUCCUUAAGGGUGAAUCAAGUGCAAGAGGACUAGAAAGCUUGAAAUUACGACUAGAGAACAUGGAUGGUGUGGCUGCUUUGCUAUGCCACUUCUAAGGCUGUGUUUGUAAUACACACACCGUGUUCGCCAGCUGUGAUACGCUCUCCAUGCUUCUGCCAGAGUUGAGCUGUGCUGGCGUCGAACUGCUCGGUCUCUCAGUGCAUGCAGUGAUAUCAGUGCUCUGUAUUUGAAUAGAAGUGGCGACCAAAAGCCAAAUAGAAUACUUGAGCUCUUCUAGCACCUUCAUUCCAAAAGGCGAGUAACAGUUUCAGCUCAUCAAUAGUCACUUGGUUCUGUUCCGUUCCUGGAGCAGUGUGGAAGCUGGAGAUUGUUGAGGACAACUCAACCAAGGUUAGCCUAGGUAAGAGCUUAAUCUUUUAGCUCAGCUCUUCAGAGAUUAGGAAAUACAGCUUGUAACGUUUGAGAGUCCGAAUACUUGAGUCAUAAACUGCUUCUGUUUUUUUUUUUAGAGCUCAUACGUGCUGUACUUAUGCCUGAAAAUAAUUAUUUCUAAUCAGAUAUUCUGCUUAUAUAAAAACACUUGGGCUCAGAAUGAAUUUGUGACUCUUCAGCAGUGUUCUUUGGAAACCCUUUGGUUGGGCUCGGUCCUCUGUCUAUGCAGUCUGACCCGCCGUGGCCUGAAAGCGGGUGGCAGCCAGGUGCCCAGCAGUCCCACAGCGCAGGGGCUGUGGGAUCUCACCGUCACUGCUUCACGAGCUACGCCUGCCUGAUGUUUCACUGUCAGCUUUCUCUUUCUUUGGAAUGUUUUUGUUUGUUUCUUUUCAGGCAAGUGCUGCUACCGUCUUUAAUUCUUUUAUUUAAAAAAAGUAAAUCCGAAAUAUAAUUUUAA